CACACACUCCAAAACCAUUACGCAACGUGUGCUCAUUUAAGUUACUUGUCUUACACAAUGAACUAAGUGUAACAUGCCAAAACCUCCGCGUGUUGACAAGUUAAACAAAGAUUUAUAUACGAUGAAAAGUCAGCAACUAUGCAAAUACUAUAAAAAUGUUUAAGGUGAUGGAUUUAUUAUUUUGCAUAUACCAUAAUAUUUGAGAGAUGGAAACAAUUGUGAUCAUUAUCAUAGUAGCUGUCUCUGUUUUUGUCUUAAUUGCAAUACUGAGUUUGUUGUGCCGAUUAAUGGGAUACCGGCCAGCCUAUGGAAGUGGCGGUGGAGGUUUUGCCCAUUAUUACCUCCUCCAUAACCAACAUCAAUUGCACCAUGGAAUAAUGGCUGGAGUUAUGGGUGGAGUUAUGGGCGGAGCAGGUGUUGGUGUGGCAUCUUACGGAGGAAUGAUGGAUGAAGCUAUGGGUCGUGGAGGUGGGGCUGGAGCAUUUGAUAGCGGAACAGCGCGUGGAGAUAUGGAAGGUGCAGGUGGUGGUGGAGCAUCUGGGGGCGGUGGAGGUGGAGCUGGAGAUUGUGGUGGUGGUGGAGCAUCUGGGGGCGGUGGUGGUGGAACUGGAGAUUGUGGUGCUGGAGGAGGAGGAGUUGGUGCUGUUAAUUAAACUCCAAAGCAAUUGGCCUAUAUGCUUAAAAAUUAAGUUUUAUGCACUACUACUACUAGUAUCUACACUUCUCAUAUUUCUUUUUCAUUUGUUUUUGGGUUGUGUUUAUAUAUUGUAUUGAAUGCAUAUAAUUCUUUUCAUAAUUACGUUUGAUAAUUAGUAUGUAUUAAUAGAUUUAGUUGAGGGAUAUUGCAAAAGUUAAGAAUUAAGGAACGUUGUUUUUAUUUGUAAAACUAUUAAAAUAAUUUUGUAUAAUCAUUAUAUUUCUUGUGAUUACAAGAUUGGAACCA